AUGGACGACAUUGGCGCCAUGGCCGACUCGGUGACUCGCCAGCUCGCAGAGGCCACUUCGACAGCCAGCAUCUACCUCCGUCUUGCUGGCAACCGACUGCUUUCCCCUGUUGCACUCAAGCUCACCGAUGCCCUCUCCCCAGCUCAGGGCGUCCUCGUCACCAUGGUCCUCUUCUCCGCCCUGCUCACGCUGGCCUAUGUUUCGCUUGACUUGGUCCUUGCCUCGAUGAUGCCGUCGCUCAUUCGGGCUAUCCGUCGGACCAACGAUGUACUCGUCUGGCGCAUCGAGCUGCUCAUUGCCGUGGUGAUGGUGGUCUCGGUCUCUGCGGCCGACGCCGCCAGCCCGACGGCGGCCAUCGACGACCUGGCCAUGGUCUUUCUCCUUGUUGCUCUUACUGCCGCCGGACUCAACUUUCUGAUCGGUGCCGCUUCGCUCGGCCGCCGGGUUGUUCAACUCCUGCACAUUGUCCGCAUCCUCGUCCUCAUCGCCCUCCUCGCCCGCGCCUUUGUCGUCCCCGGCACCGCAGUCAACCCGUCGGACCUGGCUGUGGACUCGUCGAUCGUCGCCGAGCCGGUGCCCGACCCCAUCAAGGCCGCCGACCCGAGCCUGCGCCCCGAGUUGUAGCCACCCAUCCCCUGGCAUGAAAAGCAUGUAACUACC